GUUUCAGCCAUGGAGAACUUGAACGAAAUGCAGUGCAUGUGGUUCCAGACAGAGUGCGCGCAGGCCUAUUUCCGCCUUAGCCAGUAUGGGGAUGCUCUUCGUAAAUGUCAUGAAGUAGACCGGCACUUCACCGAGAUUAUAGAGGACCAGUUCGACUUCCACACUUACUGCAUGAGAAAGAUGACUCUCCGUUCCUACGUUGAGCUGCUAAGACUUGAGGACAUACUCAGGAGCAACAGAUUCUAUUGGGACGCAGCACAGACAGCCAUUGCCAUAUAUCUGAGGUUACACGACCAUCCGCUCUCGGCCAACACAGGCGACAAGGAUCUCAAUACUGGUGAGUGUUGAUUCCCCUCUUCGUUA